CAGCCAUUGAUCAGACUGAAAUUCAGUUAAACAAAAUUAUUUAUGUAGCUCGCUCGCUAUGAGCGAACCCGUCUCGAGCCGUGGGCGUCGGUUCAUCUUCAAUGCCGUCCUAUUGACCACAUCCGGUCUGGCGGCCCGCAAGCUGAGUCCGGAGCAGCAGCCCUUCGCGAUGGUCGCCUGUGUGAUUGGCGGGGUCGCUGCUGCCCUGGGUCUGCUGCGCGUCGCAUUUGGCAGUGCGGGCGAGGGGCCAUACCGGAGGUAUCGGGGAAACGAGCGGGAAUUCCGCAUGCUGCGCAAUGUCAGCCAGGGCGUUUUGGAGCUGAUACCCCUGCCUUUGGUGAACAUGGAGCUGUACGCGCACUCGCUCGGCCUGGGUCCCCUGGCCCUGGCCCAUGGCAUUUUCGUGGUGCCGCUGCUGCUCGAUUUGUACUGUUCGAUGGUGAAGCAGCGCAAGGACUGUGACUUGUCUGAAUCGCUGCGCGAUCUCUCCAUGUUGGGCAAUAUCAUAUCCAUCGGCUUUCUGUCCGUGAAGGAGUCAAACUUCAUUUAUAUGCGCAUGACCCUAACCAUGCUGGUGAUCAGAUUCUAUCCGGUGAUAAUGGACACAGCCCAUGAGGAAGCGGGUGAAGACUUGGUCGUCUGUGGCACCGCGCUGUUCUUCCAUAUGCUCGGCAAGGUGGCUCAACAAUGGACGGAAGCAUAAAGUUGACAUUCAAUCAUCAUCAAUUCCCAAAGUGUGCCUGAAUUGAGAUAUUCCUAAAGUUUAUUCUCAGGAUAUAUGGCAAUGUGGCUCAACUCCUGGUGAGUGAAAACAACUUGUCAAUCUUCAAUCAACCAACAUCAGUCUGUGACCAUCUUUAUCUAAUUUACAUUCCAUACCGAUCAAUCUAUUACUCUAUCAAUCUUUACACUAUCUUUUAUCUUGGACAUGGUGACUUUACAAUAGC